AAGAAGCAUAAGAACAAGUCCCGACUUCAGAACGCGCGGUCAUAUGCGAUAGUCCCAAUGGAUCUGCUAGAGCUUGCACUGCGUGCUGACGACCGCGGCCUCCUUCUCGUGGGAGUUCGGCUGCCUUUGUUCACCUUGGCUUUCUGUUUGGCAACGGCGAUGACGCUCCAGCGCACCGAGGUCACCACGACGAUAUGCCGGGGCGUAUCGGUAACCAACUCCUGGCCAUCGUUGAGCAGCGUCACCGACGUCUGGCCUCAGCGCUGCCUCUGGCGUGCGGUCGUCGUGCUGCACGUGGCGCCACGGCUCCUGCUCGUCUGCAACUACGCGCAGUACCUGAGAUGGCGCGCCGCGCUGGUGGCGCCACCUCUGCGGUUCGUAUUCGACCUUCUGGCGUGCCUCAGCUCGGUGGUGCACGCGUCCUCGGUGGGCUCGAUGUUCAUGAUGGCGUGCACGUCGCGCCGCGACCACGCCAACGUGCACGACGUGAUGCUCGUGAACUGGACGUGGUGGUCGCUGCUGCACAUGGCCAGCACGUGCCUGGCACUGCGCAUGUCCCAGCACCGGAGCGACGGCUACCUGAUGCGCCGUUCCCGAGUCCUCAAGGAAACCCUGUUCGCUCUUUCGGUAGCCGCAAGCAUCGGGAUCACCUACUUCGGCGCCGCUCAGAAAGGGUACUGCGCCGAGAUGGGUGGCGUCGAAGACAAGGCGGCGCACAUGCAAGCGGCUCAGGACCUCUUCGGCAUCAGCGAGCUGGCCUUCAUGGUUUGCACCAUGGGCUUCGACCUGACCGUCCUGUACGACGUUCCCGACAACGUGGCCCACGCUCCGUGGCCAAUGUGAUCAUCGACACCCGCGCCCGCAUGAUCCGGUGUCACCGGCGAAUGAAGUCAUUUUGAUUUGUUUAAUUUCCCAGAGACCGUGCUACAUUGCUGGACAAGACUAGUAGACUAUGGAUAAAAAAAGAAAAGGUUU